AUGACUGAAGACGUGGAUGGCCACGUCCUGGACAAAUACGAUUUACAGAAAAGACUUGGUAAAGGAGCUUACGGAAUCGUGUGGAAAGCCAUCGAUCGACGGACAAAAGACAUCGUCGCCUUGAAGAAGAUUUUUGAUGCGUUCCGAAAUCAAACCGAUUCACAGCGAACAUUUCGUGAGGUGAUGUUUCUGCAGGAAUUUGGUAGACAUCCCAACGUCAUCAAAUUGUUCAACAUCCAUAAAGCUGACAACGAUCGAGAUAUCUACUUGGUGUUUGAAUACAUGGAAGCCGAUUUACAUAAUGUCAUCAAGAAGAUGACAAUUCUGAAGGACGUCCAUAAGCAAUACAUCAUGUGCCAGUUGUUCCGUGCAAUUCGUUUCUUGCACAGCGGAAAUGUACUGCAUCGGGAUCUGAAGCCGUCAAACGUUCUCCUGGAUGCCGACUGUCGAGUGAAGUUGGCUGAUUUUGGUUUGGCGCGAUCAUUAUCUUCGCUCGAAGACUAUCCGGAAGGCCAAAAUAUGCCCGAAUUGACUGAGUACGUGGCGACGCGGUGGUAUCGAAGUCCGGAGAUCCUCCUGGCAGCAAAGAGGUACACGAAAGGUGUCGACAUGUGGAGUCUUGGCUGUAUUCUGGCCGAAAUGCUUCUCGGGCGAGCCUUGUUCCCCGGAACGUCGACAAUCAACCAGAUCGAACGAAUUAUGAACACGAUCAUUCACCCGAGCCGAGCUGACAUUGAGAGCAUUGGCAGUCACUACGCGGCGUCGGUGCUGGAUAAGAUGCCGCAGCGACCCCGCAGGACCUUGGAGAUGAUCAUCGGCUCCAGCCAUCCGCAAGCCCUCGAUCUGAUUCAGAGAUUAUUGAUUUUCGCGCCACAUCGUCGUCUCAACGUCGAACAGUGCCUCGUUCACCCGUACGUUGUGCAAUUUCACAAUCCAGCCGAUGAGCCGAUCUUACCGUAUGGUGUGAACCUUCCGUUACCAGAUCACAUCCAAUUAUCGAUCGAUGACUACCGUAACAAACUGUACGAUAUGAUGAACCAGAAAAAGACCCACAUCAGACGGAUACAGCACGACAAAAUCAGAUUCGUAGGCAAAGGUGCGGCUCCUAUUGCACAAGCCGAAUGCAGCGAUACGGACUAUGAUACUGCCAGAAGCAUAGCCAGAGCGAUCAGCGUGGAGAAGAACGGCAUUCUGUGCAGUGGAAACACGUUAAGAGACCGUGCACAAUCGGCCGAUUCACAUUCAUCGAAACAAAACGGCACUACCAGAGGCCGUCGAAGGUCAAUCGAGCGGCCGAAGAUGUUUAGUGGACUCAAACCGUCUCGUCUGAUGAACCCACAUAAGCUGAUUUCAAACUACUGA